AAAAAAAACUUUUUUUUCCCUUCUCGAUUUGGUGAAAUCGAAAAUAAACAAAAAGAAAAUACGAAGAAGAGACGAAAGCUGAAAAUUGGAAAAAUACUCAAAAUUCAGAAAAAGGAAGCGUCGUCAAGAUCGGGUCGAAUACCGCCUCUCUCUCUCUCUCUCUCCAAUAAAAACCCUAAGAAACGCUCCCGAUUCCUUCAUCUUCUUCAUCCCAGUGAGGUAGAGAUUUUUGGUGUUGAAUUGAAAUGCCGGAGGAGGAGGAGGAGGAGCAGCUGGUAGAACUCAAGUUCCGGUUGUAUGAUGGAUCAGAUAUUGGUCCAUUUCGGUAUUCACCAGCCUCAACUGUGGCUAUGCUUAAGGAGAGAAUAGUUUCCGAAUGGCCAAAAGACAAGAAAAUUUCACCCAAGUCAGCCAAUGAUGUCAAACUCAUAAGUGCUGGGAAAAUUUUGGAUAACAACAAGACAGUUGGCCAGUGCAGUGUACCAUUUGGCGAUCUACCAAAGGGGGUUAUCACCAUGCAUGUAGUGGUGCAGCCAACUUUAGUAAAAGCAAAAACAGCAGAAAAGAAAGUGGAUGAACCCCCCAGGAAAACCUUGUGUUCGUGUUCCAUAUUGUAGGUGUAUUCAAUCUUUGAUUCAGAGUCAAACCGGUGCAGUUGCCGGCCUUCAAGUUGGUCAGGCUUCCUGGGGCAGCUGGAAGGACAGAAUAAUUCAUAGAACAGUGCCAGGCUUCAUUUCUUGUGCAACAGAGCAUGCUGGUGAUGAUCCUGAUGUAUUUUCGUUUAUCAAAUGCUUGUUUUUUAUUUGAUAGC